UAAACAAUUUAGAAGGAUCACCACCUUCUUCUCCUCCUCCUCCUCAGUUAUGGGAGGAUAAUCACAAAUUGAUAAAAAGGAAAGUUGAAUCAUCAGUCAUUAGAUCUCUGAAGACUCCCUCUGAAGGUUCAUCAUUAAGGCUUCGUCUAGAUGGGGACCAACUUCCUAUUACCUCUCUUCUUCCUUAGUGUCAUCAGCUUAUGGAGUGUGGAUUGCCACAAUGACACGUCACAUAUAGGUCCGUUUUUUGUAUAUAACGGUUUUCUUAAAACUUUAAAAGGUGUGCAAACUGACAAUAACCAGAACAUUUCUUCCAAGGUGAUUUCAGAUCAGAGUUUAUCAUUUGUCCCCAGUCCUUGGUUGACCAAAUUCAUACCUUCGGUCUAUACAGUCGUAUUCCUCCUAUCGCUGCCUUUGAACAUAACAGCAAUCAUGAUAUUCCUGUUCAGUAUUCACCUGAAGAAGCCAUCGGUGGUGUUCAUGUUCAACUUGGCUUUUGCUGACGUUCUCUUCGUCAUCUUGUUGCCGUUCAACAUCGUUUACCGAUUCUCAGGAAAUAAUUGGGUGAUCGGAGAAGGAAUGUGCCGCUUUGUGACUGCCGCAUUUUACUGCAACAUGUACUGCUCCAUCCUGCUCAUGACCAGUAUCAGCGUGGACCGGUUCCUCGGUGUAGUUUACCCGUUUCAGUCCCUUACAUGGCGCACCGUGAGCAGAGCCUGGCUGGUGUGUCUUCUCAUCUGGGUGGUUUCCAUUGCCGGCACCGUCCCGCUCCUUGUAAACGAGCUAACUGUUUCCAUUUACGAGCUGAAUAUCACCACUUGCUAUGAUAUGUUGAAUAUGAAAGACAUUCAGAGGUUUUACUUAACUUAUUUUACCACUUAUAUUUCCGCUUUCUUUUUGUUGCCUUUUAUCGUUACGACUUUUUGCUACGUGAUGACCAUCAGAAGUCUGAGCUCACCGAAAACUGGAAACCCGAACAAAAAGUCCCGAGCUAUCUUCCUUUGUGCCGUUGUACUUUUUGAAUAUAUCUUCUGUUUUGGCCCGACUAAUGUCAUCUUUUUCAUUUAUUAUCUGAAUUUCGAUAAGACAUUUGGCAACUCUGUGUAUUUUGCCUACAUCCUAUCUGUCAGCGUCUCUACCAUCAGCUGUUGUCUGGAUCCUGUUGUCUAUUAUUACGGCUUUUCAAAGUCUCAGAAACUAGAGUACAAGUUGGUUUGUUGUGGCAAAUCUAUGGCUGAUUUCAUAGCGUCAUUUACCCCUUCAAGAACCACAGGAAGAGAGACAUCCAGCCAAACUCCAUAGAGUGUGGACCUGAAGCUGUUUCUUGCAGGACUUGCUUGAGGAAUGGGUGUUGAAAAAAUACCCCCAAUGGAAACCUAAUCACCAAUGUGUUUUAUUAAAGUGCAUCUGGUUAUUAUUAUUUUGCAGCAUGCAGGGGUUUUGGGCCACUGCAACCUAUUUAAUAUGUGAUUUUGGCUUCUCCCACUGUCUUCCCCUCCUGUUUAGUGCUAAUUAGUUCUGUGCUGAUAGACCCUCCUUGUUUCUUUCAUGUUCCCUCAGUCAGUAUUAGUACUUUGCAGAGACGGGCCCAGGGAUGUCACUGUCUUCUUACACUUCAAAAGACUGGAAAAACAUCCUCUAUACUGCAAUUAGGUGAAGUUAAAUUGUACUGGAAUAAAAAUUCUGUGUUUUAUUAAC